GAAACUCCGAACGAGCGGGAGCCAGUCGGCAGCCUGGAUCCCUUCCCAGUGCUCGGGAUGUCUGGAAACUUGGGGACAGUGACCCGGACCCUGUUCCUGCUGCUCCUCGCCCCUGGCUGGGGAGAAGCACAGGCCUGCACCUUCCCGUGCCAGUGUCCCUCCCAGCCUCUGCAGUGCCCUGCUGGCACCAGCCACGUGUUGGAUGCCUGUGGCUGCUGCAAGGUGUGUGCCAGGCAGCUGGGAGAGCUCUGCUCCCUGCACAGGCCCUGUGACCACCACAAGGGACUCUACUGCGACUUCUCCAAAAUCCACAGAGGCAGCGGGAUCUGCUUAGCUCAUGAGGGUGCGACGUGUGACCUGCUGGGCAAGAUCUACCUGAACGGGGAGAGCUUCCAGCCCACGUGCAAACUGCAGUGCAUCUGCCUGGACGGCGCCGUCGGCUGCAUCCCGCUCUGCUCCGACGACCUGCGCCUGCCGUCCCCCGACUGCCCCCACCCCCGCAGGGUCCGGGUCCACAACAAGUGCUGUGAGGAGUGGGUGUGUGAGGAGGGCAGCGACAACGACCUGGGCACGGCCAUGGCGGUGUUCAGGGAGGACCCAGCCCAGAAGCCUGAGCUGAACAACCUGCAGGAGAACUGCCUGGUGCAGACCACGGCGUGGAGCGCGUGCUCCCGGAGCUGCGGGAUGGGCAUCUCCGCCCGCGUCACCAACGACAACCCCCAGUGCCGCCUGGAGAAGGAGACCCGGCUCUGCAUGGUCCGGCCCUGCGACUUCCCCAUGGAGAAAACCAAGAAAGGGAAGAAGUGCGUGAGGACCCCAAGGCCACGCCAGAGCCUCCACUUUGAGUUCUCGGGGUGCACCAGCACCCGCUCGUACCGGCCGCGGUUCUGCGGGAGCUGCUCGGACGGGCGGUGCUGCACCCCCGACCUGACCAGCACCGCCGACGUGGAGUUCCGCUGCCCCGAGGGGGACUCCUUCCGCAGGAAGAUGAUGUUCAUCAAGGUGUGCUCCUGCCACUACGACUGCCCCCGCGACAACGACAUCUUCCUGGCCACCUACCACAGGCGGAUGAUCGGGGACCACGUCAGGAGCGAGCGGCAAUAGCCCUCCCCGGGCCGGAUCCGAGGCGUCGGGAGGGAUCUGAGGGGCUUUGGUGACUGUGUCGCAGGACAAUGCAGCCUCUGCCCCUCUGUGAGGGGCUGUGCUCUCCAGAGCAGCACUGUUCACACCAGUGGUCCCAGUGAGCUGAGGUCUGGGGGGGAACAGCCCCAGCUGCUCCAGCCCUCUGACCCCCACCCACGGUGCCGCAGAGGUCAGCGAAGGAACCAGACACAGGCUCGGGCUGCAAACUUGAUCCCUGUUCCCACUGGCCAGAGGGGAGAGUGGAUCAAAGCCACAUGGCUCCAGCCUGUCUCCAGCCCAGAGCACAGCGGGCACAGUUCCUCAUUCAGACCCCAGGAGCUCCUCCAGCAUGAACUGGGGGUGGCCCAGGCUGCCAGACCAAAACCUGUCCCCUGUGGGUGCUGCUCUGGGCAGCUUUUAGUGCCUUGAUGAGCAUUUCACAGAACCAUAGAAUGGUUUGGGUUGAGAGGGACCUUAAUGCUCAUCUUGUUCUAACCCCCUGCCAUGGGCAGGGACACCUUCCACUAGCCCAGGUUGCUCCAAGCCCUGUCCAACCUGGCCUUGGACACUUCCAGGGAUGAGGCAGCUGCAGCUUCUCUGGGCAGCCUGUGCCAGGGCCUCCCCACCCUCACAGGGAAGAAUUUCUUCCUAAUCUCUUCAGAAAUGGCUCUGGGGUGGGAGAGAGGCUGGACCCCACCAGCUCACACAUCCACAGAGGGGCUGAAGCUGUGUUUUGGCUCCAGAGUCUUAGCUCUGGAUGUUUGUGAGUAGGAGGAGCACUGUUCAGCUCAGGCCUCCCUGGGGAGUUUAAGGCACUGGCAAGAAAAAUUCUUGUAUUUGUAAAUGGAGCAGAUCCCCUCUGGAGUUACUUAGACAGUGACACAGAGAGCCAUUGGCACUGAGGUCUCCAGUAGGAUUCCCACCUUGUCACAGCCCUGACAGAGUCUCUGCCAUUAAAGACAUCCCGCUGCCAGCCCAUAGCUCCAGGAGAGGACACCAGCCCAGGAAGGUGCUGGUGGUGUGUCCAGCAGCAGUGCAGCCCCUGCAGCUCCACGGAACUGCUGAGCUCUUGUGUGAAAACCUCUGCUGAUCUUUAGCAGAGACAUCCAGGCACAGGGCCUGAUCCUGUUCAUCACAGCCCGUGUGCAAAUCCCAAUGAAUUCCUGUUCCAGCAGGAGCAGCAGGCCCAAGGCUUCACCCCACUACAUCUCCCCCCAGAGCAGAGCCUGAUGCCAGGGGACAGUCCCAGCUGCCCCCAACUGCUGCCCCGAACCCCCAAACUCCCCUGACAUACCAGCUCAGGGCCUAUGUCCCAUCCCACUCCCUCUUCUUGCUUUCCCAGUCUGCAGCAGGUCCUGAGCCUUCAGCCUCCUGAAUCGAUUUGAACUGUAAAUAAUUUAUCUGGUGUUGUUUAUCUGUUUUUAAGGCCCUUGUACAGUUCCUGUAUCCCAUUGGCACAGCCCUGCUCGUGCCAUUCCCUCUCUCUGAGCUUCUCUCCUGCCCUUCCCUCGGCUGCUGAGCCUCCAACCACGCUGAGGUUGCACUUUACUCAACGCUAAUAAAUAUCUCUUUAUUUUUUAUAUAUUUUA